ACAUGCUUGGGUUGAGUUGGUGUAACAGAGGAAGUGAUGCGUCCACCUUUGCGUACUUGCGUCCUGAUAAAUAGCCAUCCUCAGUGCCACCACUGCACCACAGCUCUUAAUCCAGCCUUUCACUCUCUAAGCUCUCAGGACCCCAGGACAUAAGCCUCUCAACUUUCAAUUGGAUAUUGGAACAUAUUUGAAUACAAAAAGAAUGAGGGCUACCAUUGUGAUUCUUUGUCUUGUGGGUGCAGCCAUGGCCAACCCUAUAAUAGUCAACACAACUAUGGACAGUGAAGUGAGCCCAUUAUCAGGGGUCUCAUCCGUAUUAGACUCUGUGGAGCUCACAGGCCUGCCUGAGUUGAAGGCGCACAAUUCGUCCGAGUCGGAGUCCUCAGAGCAGAGCAACACAUCCGAGCUGAAGAGUACCUCUGUGUCAUCGUCCUCCUCUUCAUCAUCAUCAUCAUCUUCAGAAGCAAGCAUCUCUUCAGAGCAACUGCCCCAGAGUACAGCUGCGUCGGAUUCAUCCAGUCAGAGUGACACUUCAGAGCAAUCGAGUUCUCAAGAAAACACAUCUGAGGACACAACUUCAGAAUCUUCUGAGUCAGAUGAAUCUAAAUCCAAUGAUUUGACCUCAGAUGAGAGCCCAAGCAAAUCACUGGAAGACACGACAUCAGAGGAGAGUCACUCCCUUGAAGACAAGUUUAAUGUAGUGGAGACUGGAGUCACCAGGGACGACAGCAGAGGAAGCAAAGAGAACCUCCGGAGGUUCUUCAAGGUUUAUGCUGUCAAAGCAAAUAGGCCUACUGUCAGUGAUUCACACCAGUCGGAGGAGAGCAACAGCAUCUCCAACGAAAUCCUAGAGACGACUGCAGGACCAAGCCAUUCUGUCGAGAGCGUAAGCAGCGAGGAUAGCAAAGCUAGCAUGGGCCUCGAUUUGAGAAACAGCACCGAGGACAGUGCCAGUGUAGAGAGCAUGGAGAACAACAGCACAGAGAGCGUGGAGAACAACAGCGCCGAAAGCACGGAGAGCGACGAGGACAGUGAGGUUGCGGUCAGUCACGAGAGCCACGAGAGCAAAUCUGCCGAGUGUCCCCCAGGAAGUGACCAAGACUGUGACAGUGACAGCGACGAGUCUAACAUGAGAGACAUUGGCGACGCUGGUGACCCCGAGCCCUUCGACGGCCUCUUCAUGCCCUUCGACAGACCAGGGGAGUUGAUGCUGCGAAGAUGACACCAUCUAUAGCCACACACCUUGUUCUGCGUUGCACUUUUAUUUAAUUUAAAAACACCAAUAGUCCUAUAUUUGUUUUCCUCGGCCUUCCAUGUGUUGAAUACUUUUAUGUGACUGCUGAUAGAUCACUGAACUGUAUACUGUAACUUAUCAUUUUUGUGACGUUUUAUUUGGUUAAUGUUAUUUCCGUGAUAUUUGCCAUAUAUCAAGUGAAUGUGUUUUAUAUGAAAUGGUAGGCUACUCUAUAUUUAAAUAGAUAUAUAUUUCAAAAUUAGUUUGCACUGCAUUUUUGUAUGCCUUUGCUGUAAUUAAGUAUGUUUGUUAAUAGCAGAAAGAAACACACCAAAGAGUAUCUUAUAA